CGCGAGCAGCAACAGCAACGCAAAAAGUCAAUUUGUUGACUGCGCUUGUGGCUAGUGGACCGCAUUUCGGUUGGUCGUCGGACGAAACGAACGGACGGACGUUGUGCGUUGGCUUACUGUAUGGUGCAUGUCGGGAAUUAAUAAACGCGGCCGUAUUUUGUGCGAGAAGUAUAAAUUCGGACGGAUCGACGAAGUGCUAGAAUCGCUGGUGAUGGUGAUAAAGUGAUUGUGUUUCGGUGGAAAAAUAGGAUUUUCUGUUCGGUCAAGUGACGCUCCUGGGGGCGAACCCAAACAAGAGUUUUUUUUAUUCCUGCUGUCUGGCUGAAGGAAGCACCGUAAGGGAAAAAGACAAACCACGACACGAUGGGUCUGAUGGUUGCAUUUAGUGCGGUCCUGUCGAUGCUGACAUUGGGUCCGUUCCUAUGGAUGAUGUUUAUCAUCAUCUUCAUGGCCUCGUUGGGGAAAUCCUUGGGCGUCCGGCGGAUGUACGUGAACCUGCUGGUGAAAAUUUUCGAGUAUGGUCGGCAAAACAUAGAACACGUGCGGAAGAGGCAGUACGCAAACCUAAACACAUCGGAGUGCGAAGAAGCGCCACCGGCGACAAAAGUCGAAACACCUACCAAUAAUACCAGUGACAAUUGCGUCGAUUGCGCAAUCACAAAACCCAGUAUAACUACUGCGACGACCAACGGAGAUGCCAGCAAACCGCUGAAAAAUGGUGACAUCGCCAACGGGGGCAACUCGGUGAUCAGUCGCGUGGAGUCGCUUAUCCUGCUGCCGGAUAUGGAAGGCGCUCGGAGCAAGAGCCGUGAAUCGAACAACGAAGACGAUGUCGAUAGUAAUGAGGAUAACGAUUCUUUGGAGUUCAACCUUACCAACUGUUUGGACUACGUCAAAUCCGGCAUGGAGGCGAUCAUUGAAGACGAGGUGACCAGCCGAUUCGAGGCUGAGGAACUGAAAAACUGGAAUCUGCUGACCAGAACGAACAGGCACUACGAGUUCAUAUCGUGGCGACUGACCGUCAUCUGGGUGAUAGGGUUCUUCAUCCGGUACGUGAUCCUGAUGCCUUGUCGCGUGUUCAUCUGUUUCGUCGGGGUCGUGUACUGCGUGAUUGGAUUUGCUUUCGUCGGAGUUGUGCCCUACCGGUCGCUGCGCGUCAAGGCAAACGACUAUGUUUUCAAGCACACCUUCCGCAUAAUCUGCCGCUCGCUGUCCGCGGUGAUUCGUUUCCACAAUUUAGAGUACAAGCCGAAAAAUUGCGGCUUCUGUGUCGCCAACCACACGACACCGAUUGAUAUCGCAAUCCUUUCGACCGACCACUCCUACUCUUUGAUCGGUCAAAGACACGGUGGAUUUUUGGGAGUUUUGCAGAGGGCCCUUGCGAGGGCAUCUCCUCACAUCUGGUUUGAACGUGCUGAAGCCAAAGACAGAAUGGCAGUUGCCAAGAGGCUAAAAGAACACGUUUCGGAUCCUAACAAUCCACCAAUUCUCAUCUUCCCCGAGGGAACCUGCAUCAAUAACACAUCGGUGAUGCAGUUCAAGAAAGGAAGCUUCGAAGUUGGCGGAGUCAUAUAUCCAGUUGCCAUCAAGUACGACGCUCGCUUCGGUGACGCAUUCUGGAACAGCUCGCGCUACUCGAUGAUGCAGUACCUGUACAUGAUGAUGACCUCGUGGGCGAUCGUGUGCGACGUGUGGUACCUGCCGCCAAUGACCCGCGGUGAAAACGAAUCCGCCAUCGACUUUGCCAACCGGGUGAAGAGCGUCAUCGCCAAGCAGGGCGGUCUGGUGGAUCUGGUCUGGGACGGCCAGCUCAAGCGAAUGAAACCAAAGAAGGAAUGGAAGGAGAAGCAACAGGAGGAGUUCACCAAGCGGCUCAAAGGCGAAUGAUGUCCACCGAAUGGCGGAGGGGUGGUCGUUGACGCGACGAAGUAAAUGUGUGGGCGUGGGGCUGUUAGUGUACUCCGGUACUUCCCCCCUGUGGUACUGUGUAGUGUGAAAUUUGCUUGAAAGAGGUGUGCUAAUAGGAUAAGUGGAUGAGUUGGUAGGUUGCUACAGCAGAACGUUUGUUGGUGAUGAUAAGUUGAGAGCAUUGAACACUUUUUUAUGACGCUCUAGUCUGCGCGAGAAAGACAAAUUACUAUUCUAACUAUAGAAAACAGAGGCGUCUCGUGACUAGCAGACUGACCUGUUCUACAGAUUACUAUUUUACUAAAUGAAAACACAUUAGAGUUAUUUUAUACUAUGCUUGCUGUUUUUUUUUUGUUUUAGUAUUGUGAUUUUUAACAUAAGCUGAUUUUUAUCUUCUUGUUUGUUAACCAUUUUCUGAAAAAUAUCUUCCGCAUUUUCAUCGCAAAUAAUGAUGCGAUUCGCAUUCAGAUGCGCCUUUGAGCGACUUCCGAAGUUUGGUAUCUCACAUACUUUUAGAAAAAUCCAUUUUCGGUGGAAGUCAUUUUUUAACAUUCUUCACACACCGACGAUACUUGUUUUUUUUUUCAAUCAUGUCCAACAUGCUUUCUUUUCCGCAAAUGUUCGAAAUUUCCACCUCCAUAAAUUUUUUUUAGCUCGUAUCAUGACCUCGAAUUCAAAAUUUGGAAACCGUUGCCAACGAGCUAGAGCACUUUCGGCACCCCAGCUCCAUCCACGCUGGCUGUAAUGCAUAACAAGCGCGCACGACAUUGGGUGUGCCAAAAUGUGCUCUAGCUGCGCAAGUUGUUCUCAGCCUACGUAGAACGACAAAUCGAGAAGCCACAGUCCAUGCUUUCAUUCAUUUCUGGUUUUGCUACACACUAACGAGUCUGGAAUAACAAAGAGGAGAAACGUCAAAAUUGGAACAACCGAUUUGCUGUCAUCCCCAUAGUUCCAAUCGGGCAGGAGACCUGUCAAAACGACCAGGAUUCGCCACUUUGGUAUACUCGAGACACGUUACUACACACAUGUAAACUUUCCACUGAAGAAGCUCUCUGCGUUUAGCUGUGUGCCUCUGGUAUCCAUGGAUGCCGAUGCAUCGCUUUUUUCUCUAAAGAGUAUACCGAGCAGCAUGCUAACAAUCAUUUACACACAUUUGAGAACCUGAUCGGUAAGCAUAGCUGGCAAAGUAUUUAUUUAAAUACUGUGCAAUUAAUGUUCCUUAUUCCAUUUUUUUAGAUAUUGUUAAAUAAUCCUUUAAUUUCCAACAACGAUACAACAUACAUUUUUUAGCAUUCCAAAACUGUAAAUUUUCAACAUGAUUUUAAAGACUUUAGUCGAUUGCGCUUAGCGUGCUUGUACGCGUGAGAAGCAGGCGGGAAGUGAAAAAUGGAAAGAAACGUUGACAACGCUGCUGCUGGUUCUAGACGAGUAGGGAACGUAUGAGCGACAGAGUAAAGUGAAAUGAAUUCGAAUGAACACUGCCAUUCGGAGGCAAAAAAGGGAGAAAACUGUUGGUUUGGGAACUGCGCAAUCCAUCGUUCGCAUGAAUCGGGGAACCGGUGGCAUGUAGUUUCGAAGAGUCGAGCAAGAGAGAGCUGCGCAAGGCUGGUUCUCGCAUGCUCUUGUUAUAUGGUUUCUGCCGGUGGAUGGCUUGGAGUCGUCUUUCGUUCUUCAUAAACCGGGAACGAUGUUAGCGCCUUGUGUGCAAGUUGUUAUGGGGUAUGUGCGGUGGGAGUUUUAAAUUUAGUUUAUUCUAAACCAAAGUAUAUCUACUUAAAGAUUAUUUUGCGAGUUUUAUUCUCAGCCUAUACCCGUUCCAAGAACAGGUCGAACAUGUGGACGAGGCGCCUCUGAUAGAAAACUAACAGCCAAAAUUAAAGGUAAAGCCUACACUACACAGAUAGAGUAUAAAUGUUACUUUACAUUUGAAAGUGAGAAAAAAUGAUAUUUAUUGCAUCCACGGUAGAUCCAAUAGAGUUGAAUUGUACAGCUAGCAGUAGAUGUAGAUUGUUUUCCCAGUUGUUUUGUUGCGAAGAAAUUUGAUUUCAGUGAUCAAGAGGAAUAUAAAACUUGCUCGUAAUUCAUAGCCAGGGUUGUAUGACAUUUCUGGAAUGAAUAGUUGACCGAAAAAUCAUGUCCCGUAUAGCGUGUCGUUCAGUUUUCUUGCUUAACUGCCGUUCUACGCAUAAUUGUUCCUUUAUUUACUGAAGAUUACUAAUGGAUACUCUUACAGGAUUGUUUCUGAAAAUUCUCAGGAACUCAGACAUUCUCUGAGACCUGCCUCUCGAUGAUUAUCAUUGAAACAUUAAUAAACUGCACUAAACAGAUAAAGUUUCUUGAAUGCUUAUGAUUCUAACUGCACAUUUUUCAUGAGUUGCAGCUAACAUAGACUGUCACCAUGAUAUUUGCACCUUUCGUCACAGUUUUAAUCAAAUGCUUGUUAUUUUAAAUGACUAUUGUCACUUCCAGCUACAUUUUAAUAUAAUUAUUUCGGAAACUAAUAUUGUCAAUACGUGGAUAUUUAACGUUGGUGUGUGCAUUAUGCAUUUUUGGCAUCACUGGAAAUUAUUUUUCAAUCACAAACAAAUCCAUUUUCUAAGUUGCCAGACACGCAUCAUACCAUAUAAAUGUAAUUAGCCUUCAAUAAAGUUAUUAGAAAAUGUGAAGAGCUACUAAAAAAAUCUGAAAGAGGCAGUAGUCGUUGAAAAUGAUUUUCUCUCGACAAAAAUAAUACAAAUAGAGUUAACGGGAAUCGUAAUUCGUAAUUUAUUUAUUAUUCAACGCAAACCUUUCAUUAACUUUUCACCAAGUUCAAUAAUGCUCUAUGGUGAUGAUAAUGUCAAGUAAUAUCUGGCUUCACUGGAUAACACACGAACACUCGAUUGAGCAUGAAGAAGUAUAACUAUUUUUUGUCAAGAAAAUGUCAUGCAAUCCAGACCAACACACCCAGUUACAUAAACAAGGAACGGAAGAAGACAUUUUUCUCCCCUCUCCUUUUCAGCCUUCGCGACCAGUGACAUCAAAACGUGGACUGCACUAGGAAGAUAACCUUGUCCUAUGUAUUAUAUCAACACACGAACACUUUACACUGCUUUAACAAAAAAAAAUCGAUGUAAUAUAUUAAGUAGACAGUAAAACCUACUAAAAUAAGACUGAAAAUCUUGUAAUUUUUGUCUAUGAGUGACAGUACCGACGAGAAUGGAGCAAAGAUAAACUAAAGUGCAGGAAAUGACCAAAAGAGAGCAGAAAAAUGUGUUACAGGCGUUAUUCAUUCAUGGAUUGUCCUAGUAUGUUAAUAUGUAGAAUACCAAUAAAAAGCAGCUACAAAUCAUAACGUCAAUUUACGCCUACAAAAGAUGCUGUACAUGUGGGACAAUCAAAGAAAAGAAUCAUGUUAAAAUUGACUAAUUUCUUCAAUUAGUAAACAGAACCACAGUCUGUCAGUGUGUCUGUCUAUGGUAAAGCUUUCAUCAAUGUGGAUCGGGCUGCGUGGAACAUUGGAGGAUGAGUGAUCGCACAAAGGAGAAUCGAACAAGAACAACCGUACUAGACGCGUAGUAUGCUAAAACUAAUCCUACGCGAAAUUUCUACCACCACAAUGCUGCUCUGUAAAAGACGUGUAAAACUAUCAAGGUAAAACAUUUGUUUCUAUUAUUUGAAAAUGUCGAAAUAUACACUAAUUCACUCAA